AUUAACCAUAAUCAUUUGCCAAUCCCCCAAGCAUAAGGAUAAGAUGGCCAGAACGUUUCAACAGGAGGUCACGCCUCAGCAAACUGGACCAUCGUCCUACUCUGUAUCCCCAUCAUAUGAUUGGACUAUGGGCCCAGCUCUAAACGGUGGCUGCAUUGCUGCAGUCAUUCAUUCUGUGGCUGUAAAACAUUUCACCACAACCCUCGCCAAGUACGACCAACCUGAUGUCCUUACCCUCCAUCUCGAAUACCUGCGAUAUUGCAGUACGGAAAAGCUCGACAUCAACAUACUCGAGCUAAAGCGCGGCAGUUCUCACUGCACUAUCCAGCUGCAGGUCUUACAGAAUGAACAGCUCAAGGCCAUCGGUCUUGCAACGUCCACAAACUUCGCCCAAUCUCUUGGGCCCACGUGCAAUACCCAGUGGACUCUGAACCCUCCUCCUGCGUCUAGACCCGACUUUCGUAAGGUUGAAGCCAACGAGCCUGACCUUACAUGGGUUCCCGGACUCACGAAAGGCGAAGUUUUCCCUAUGGGCCGCCGUAUCGUAUCUCUCUAUGAGCGAGGCGGAAUGCAAGUCGAUGGCCUGCUGGAUGGGUGGAAUGGCUUUACCGGGGAAUUCAUGAACGCAACGCACAUAGCUUUCAUGUGCGACUUCAUGCCUUCUAUGGCAGAUACAUUACUACGCAACGGAGAAAUGUAUGAUGGGCGAAAUAACCUCCGCAAGAUGGAAGAGUGGGCAGACAAGAAUCCUGGGGUUGUUUGUGAGAUGGAGACUUCUCUGGCUGAGGCAGCAAAUGCGAAGUUCAGCGAGAAUACGUUGUCUUUGGAUAUCGAAUUUAAGAGGCAACUUCCAAAGGAUGGCCUUCGAUGGAUCUUCAGCCGCGUUGAAACGAAGAAGCUCCAAGGUGGUAGGAUGGAUAUGGAUAUCACGAUAUGCGACGAGGGAAUGGACUUAAUUUGUUCGGCGAGACAAAUCGUCCUCGUUCUAGAUGCAAAGAAAAGGUAUAAUCCUGUCGCGAAAAAGGCGAAUCUAUAGAAGUAUCAGAACAGUCGCUAUAACAUGGUCAAGACGACUUUCGCUUGUGCUAGCAUCUAGGCGCCGUUCUUCGUAUAUAAACCACACAUCUACACAAGGGGGUCGUGCGUUGCGCAGUUGAGUGAUAUAUCUGAUGUAAGCUGGGAAGGAAAUCGUGUUUUGGCAAGAAGAAAGUAUGCAACAAUUAGGAACCAAGGCAACAAUGUAUGCACAAGACUGCAAUACUGUUCUAACCGUUAUACAAUGGCGAUUAAACAAAAGACUAGUAAAGAUCCAGCAUUGUGAUUUUCACUCUCCACCACUACACAAUGAGAAUUACCCAAGUUGCCUUUGUCAGUGUUAAUGCCGGC